AUGCGGAUCACCACAAGCCAUGUCGACGACGCUAUCACUACCAUCUUGUUUCAAGCACUAUUCCUGGCCUGCCUCCCCUCUCGACUCAGCAUCGGUGCAUCAUUGAUGACAAGAUGA